AUGGGUCGCUUCUCACUAUUCGCUCCUCUCUUGCUGGCGACCAACGGUGUCUUGGGCGCCAAAUGGAUCGGCGAGGUCAAGAAGGUGGAUGGCGUUGACUAUCAGUGCAAAUGCUACUCCGACAACUCUUGCUGGCCAACCAACAAAGACUGGUCGAAGCUCAACCAGACCGUCUCUGGCGCACUGCAGCUCGCCAUACCACCCGGCGCUGUUUGCUACAAGGACUUCGGAAAUGGAACUAGCGUUUACGAUGCUGCGAAGUGCGCGGAUACUCAAGCCAAUUGGGCUAACGAGCAAUGGCUAACCGAUCAUCCCAUCGCCGAACUCUGGCCUUUCAAGACGAACAACACCUGCAUGCCAACCGACGACCCAUCGGGUAGCUGCACACAAGGCAUGUACGGGAAGUACGUCAUCAUGGCAACCACAAGGGAGCAGAUCAAAGCUGGUGUGGACUUUGCACGAGAGCGCAACCUUCGUUUGAUCAUCCGCAAUACUGGUCACGACUUCAUGGGACGUUCGACCGGAUACGGUUCGCUCAUCAUCAACACCCACAGCUUCAGAGAUGUCAAGUUCCUGAAGAAGUACACUGGACCCGGUGACUGGAAGGGCACUGCCGCUAUCGUUGGUGCUGGUGUUCAGGGCCGCGAGUUGUUCCGACAGUGCUUUGACCAGAGCCCCAAGGUGGUCAUCGUGGGUGGAGAGUGCCCAACCGUUGGCUGGGGUGGCGGCUACAUCCAAGGAGGUGGACACGGCCCACUCACAGGAAUCUACGGUAUGGGCGCUGACAACGUCCUCUCGUUCGACGCCAUCACCGCCGAGGGCAAAUACGUAACUGCCAACGCGAAAGAAAAUUCCGACCUCUUCUGGGCUCUCAAGGGAGGCGGCCCUAGCUCCUUCGCCGUCGUCGUCGCCAUCACCGUCAAGACCUUCCCAGAAGUCCCCACCGCCGGCACAAUCCUCAACAUCAACUCGACCCACACCAACGACACCGAGCUCUUCGCCAAGGGCGUGCACAUCUUCCACAACCUAGCCAACCACUACAGCGAGCAUGGCAUGUUUGUGUACUUCGAGGUUGGCCCUGGCCCGCAACGCCUCCACAUCGCGCCCUUUGUCGGCCCCAAGAUGAACAAAGAACAAUUGGAAAAGGUCAUGGCCCCCCUAUACGAGCAGCUCGACGCCGCAAAAGUCCCCUACGACACCCACACAAAGGCUUUCCCCACAUUCUUCGAAUUUUACAUCGACAUGUUCGAAGACGAGCCGCCGAACCAGCAAUCCAUUGUCGGCGGCCGCCUCUUCACUCAAGCCGAUAUCAGCACCCACGGCGACGAAAUCGCAGAUGCACUCAUCUACGCCGCGAUGCCUGAGCCCACUCAACUCGGUUUCAACGUUGGUCACAUCGUCAACCCCGGUCGUGCGUAUCCUAAAGUCGACAAUGCGAUUCAUCCUAAGUGGCGCAACGCUAGUAGUUUCGUUAUUACGAAUGUAAUCAUGCAGGGUAAUGAGCCGUGGGAGGUCAAGAAGGAGCGCGAAAACUUCAACACCAAUGUCCUUGGUAAGAGGCUGAGGGACGUUUCGCCUAACGGUGCUAGCUAUGUCAACGAAGGCGACCUCAACGAACCCAACUGGCAAGAAGCCUAUUGGGGAAGUAAUUACGCUAGAUUGUUGAAGAUACGCCAGAAGUGGGAUCCUGAGGGUGUUUUCUUUACGGAGACGACGCCUGGUACGGAGAACUGGAGUGUGUUGGAUUAUGGGACAAAGCUUUGUAGGAAGUCUACCAAGUAG